UCAGUCAGAUCAUCCUCAAAGAGCCCUUCCCAGACAUUACACAAGCAUUUAACAUGGCUUCUCAAGAAGAAACUAAACAAAAGAUGAUUGAGAAGGCUCCUGUUGUUACUCAAGAAGCACUCAUUAUGGCAGUAAACAAGUUCAAUGGCUCAAACAACAAUGGAAGCUCAAAUAACGGAGGUUCAAAGCCUUUUUACAAGAACAAUCAGAACAAAAGAGAAGCACAAGGGACUAGCAAGUUUCAGCAAGGCAACAAAGAUUCACAGUUUUGCAACUACUGCAAACUCACCAACCACACAAUAGACAAGUGUUUCAAACUGAAUGGCUUCCCCAAUCAGCCCACAAAGAAGCCAAGGUACAAUAACCAAAAUCACAACUUUACAAAGCCAUCAGUCAAUCAGGUUGGAAAAGAUAAUGGACAGAAAAUGACAAUGGAAUUCAUAGAAGAUCAGUACCAUCAAAUUAUCAACCUACUACAAAACAAAGGUACACAUUCAGAUGAGUCUACUGUCAAACAAUCUCAGGCAGCUUCUGUCUCAGGACAUAGCCACUUUGGAGAAGAUUGGCUUGGGAAUGAGGCAUAGAGACUUGUAUCUACUCAGCAAAGAUGUUUUUGAGCAACUAGGACAUAAUUCUUCCAUUAAUUCUGUUGUAAAAUCAUGUGUUUGGCACAAAAGAUUAGGACAUCCAUCUAAGAAUAUCCAUAAUUUGAUAUGUAAUGUGCCAAACACCACUAAUGAUGAUUGUAAACAUUGUAUUUUGGGGAAAAUGAAGAGAAAGACUUUUGCUACUAGUGACACAGUUUCUGAUAAACCUUUUGAUUUAAUACAUGUUGAUAUAUGGGGUCCACAUUCUACAAUUUCAGUAGAUGG